GUCGAUUCGCUCCCCCCCUGCAAAACUCUCUCCAUCGACAAGCGCGAGCGAAGGGAGAGAAUGAGCGAGGUCGCGCAAUCCGGGGACGGAAAUGGAGUCUCCGAGGCCGCCGGGAACCCCAAGCGCGGCGAGGAUGCCGGGGACGCCGAGCCGGCGGCGAAGAGGCCGAGGACCGCCGAGGGCGCGGCGGAGGGAGGAGGGGAGGCCAGGGUUUUCGAGGUCGAAGCGGACGCGGCCGAGGACAAGGGGUCGAGGCACGCCAUGGAGGACGCGUGGGUCCUGCUCAAGGACGCCAGCUUGGGCUCCCCCGGGAAACUGAGAUGUGCACAUUUUGCGAUAUAUGAUGGACACGGAGGUCGGCUUGCAGCAGAAUACGCUCAGAAGAAUUUACAUGCAAAUGUUCUUUCUGCAGGCUUACCACGUGAGUUGAUGGAUGUUAAAGCAGCCAAAAAGGCCAUUCUUGAUGGUUUCCGAAAGACCGAUGAAUCUCUUCUCGAGGAGAGUGCUACAGGGGGAUGGCAGGACGGUGCAACAGCUGUAUGUGUUUGGGUACUAGGACAAAGAGUUUUCAUUGCUAACAUUGGGGAUGCAAAAGCAGUAUUAGCCCGCUCCUCAACUGAAGAUGGUGAUAGUUCUGUAAAGGCCAUUGUUCUCACUAGGGAACACAAAGCCAUUUACCCUCUAGAGCGUACCCGCAUCCAAAAGGCUGGGGGGGUUGUGAGUUCCAAUGGCCGAUUACAGGGUCGCCUUGAAGUUUCUAGGGCCUUUGGAGAUCGCCAGUUCAAAAAGGUUGGUGUCGUUGCAACUCCAGAUAUUCAUUCUUUUGACCUAACAGGGAGAGAGCAGUUCAUCAUUCUUGGUUGUGAUGGCUUAUGGGGGGUAUUUGGAACAAGUGAUGCAGUUGAAUUCGUUCGCACAUUAUUGAAGGAGGGAUUAACAGUCACGGCGGUUGCCCGUCGUCUGGUAAGGGAAGCUGUUCGUGAGAGGCGUUGCAAAGACAAUUGCACUGCUCUUAUUAUAGUCUUCAGGCCCAAGUAACUGAAUUUUCUGUCAAAAUGUGGAAUGGUUUAAGUGAGUCAAUUCGUUUAUUAUGGUUGUCAUUUGUCAAACAUCUUUGCAAUUGUAUCCAAUGUCUAAUGCCCGUUACAAACUGAAGCCCUAGGUUUUAGUGUUGUUUGGUUUGUGAAACUUAUACCCUCUUUGUUGAAUGGGAGGGUGUGUCAAGGAGAGGGCAUCCCCGGUCACACUAUGUGUGCUUGUGUUUUGAAUGGUAAGGGGUCUCCUGGAUCGAUCGAAGUAAAAAAUCAUUUGAGAAUCA